GUGAGCUGCCUGGUGGUGCUGGAGAACCUGCUGGUGCUGGUGGCCAUCGUGAGCCGCAUGCGCUCCCGGCGCUGGGUCUACUACUGCCUGGUCAACAUCACGCUCAGCGACCUGCUCACGGGCGCCGCGUACCUGGCCAACGUCCUGCUGUCGGGGGCGCACACCUUCCGCCUGGCGCCCGCCCAGUGGUUCCUGCGCGAGGGCCUCCUCUUCAUGGCGCUGGCCGCCUCCACCUUCAGCCUACUCUUCACGGCCGGCGAGCGCUUCGCCACCAUGGUGCGGCCGGUGGCCGAGAGCGGGGCCACCAAGACCGGCCGCGUGUGCAGCUUCAUCGGGCUCUGCUGGCUGCUGGCCGCACUGCUGGGCCUGCUGCCCCUGCUCGGCUGGAACUGCGUGUGCGCCUUCCAGCACUGCUCCAGCCUGCUGCCGCUCUACUCCAAGGGCUACAUCCUCUUCUGCGUGGUCGUCUUCGCCUGCAUCCUGGCCACCAUCAUGCUGCUCUACGGGGCCAUCUUCCGGGUGGUGCGGGCCAACGGGCAGAAGGCCCCGCGCUCCCCGGCCCGCCGCAAGGCCCGCCGGCUGCUCAAGACGGUGCUCAUGAUCCUGGUGGCCUUCGUGGUGUGCUGGGGCCCCCUCUUCGGCCUGCUGCUGGCCGACAUCUUUGGCUCCAACGUCUGGGCGCAGGAGUACCUGCGGGGCAUGGACUGGAUCCUGACGCUGGCUGUGCUCAACUCUGCCGUCAACCCGCUCAUUUACUCCUUCCGCAGCCGGGAGGUGUGCCGGGCAGUGCUGGGCUUCCUCUGCUGCGCAUGUCUCCGGCUGGGCCUGCGAGGGCCCGGGGACUGCCUGGCCCGGGCCGCCGAGGCCCACUCCGGGGCCUCCACCACGGACAGUUCGUUGAGGCCGAGGGACAGCUUUCGGGGCUCGCGGUCACACAGCUUCCGGAUGCGGGAGCCCCUGUCCAGCAUCUCCAGUGUGCGGAGCGUCUGAGCCCAUGGCUGGGGCGCUGGUCCAGACAUCCAGGGCAUGCCCACGCAGGCCCUCCGCCGCUGCUUGGGGAGCACGCAGGGAUGCGGCAGGCGGGCCACAGGGAGAGGAAGGAACAGGGCAGUGGGGGGACGAGCGGUGGUUCUCCUCGAAGCCUCCUGGGGCUGCUGAUGCCCAGUGGGCUUCCCAAAGUCUUGUUGGAGCAGGAGGCAACUGCUCAUUGGAACAGAGAUCGCCUUGGGAUGGGGACGAAUGGGUUUGCUGUGUGCGCUGCCCCCACCCACCCCGCCGUGUGGUUCUGGGGAAGCACCAGUCCCUCUCUGGGCCUCAGUGGGGCUCCCAGGCUGUGAGGGGGGAACUGCGGGGUGGAUGCCCGAGCAACACCGAAGUUCAAAGGUGGGACGAGGUGUCUCAGCCUCCCCCUAUUCACGUGUGCAUCAGGGUGAUGGCGUGAGGGCUGUGGGUCAGCUGGAGCUGUGCUGGGGCAGGGGAGGACCGUGAGUCUGUGCUGGGGGGGUGUGGUUGUGAGGGCACUGAUGGAGUAUGGGUGAGAGAAGGAGAGGCUGAGGGCAGGACAAGUUGUGCCUGUAAGCUUGUGCCAGUGUGUCUGCGUGUGCACAGACAUCCUGGCAUGUGGCAGGCCUCUUGAGCAUGUGCACACGUGUGUGUGACUGAUCCACUCUGUUGAAGGUGUGUGUGAGAGUUUCCAGGCUGCCGGGAAAGUGAGGGCGGGGCGCCCAGUGACAUUGACACCCUCCCCUUCUCGCUCACUUCCCCUUUCCCUGUCCUGUCUCUCAUCUUGGGUCCUGGGUGGCCUCCUUCCCCCACCUAUGGCCUCUGCAUCUUUGAGGACACAGCCUGGGGGUCAGCAGAGGGGACUAGCCUAGCCCUCUCAGCCCCAGGGACUCUCACCCACUCCUCUAUAGAGUUCCCUUUAGCACUAACAGCCUUGACCUUCCCCAUCUUUAAAAUGGGCUGAUAGCAUACGGAACACACCAGAGGAGGCUGUCAGUGCAUGCUCAGUGCUUUUGCCACAGUGCGUCGUGUCCAUGUGUCUGACAAGACAUUUGGCGAUGGUGGAAAUGUUUUACAUCUGUGCUGCCCAGCCUGGGAACCCCACGUGGCUACUGAGCCCUUGAUAAGCAUCCAGUGCUACUGAAAAACUGAACUUGGAUUUUGUUCGCAUUUAAACAGUCCAUGGGAGUGGCGGCAACAGUAUGGGAUAGCAGAGAUGCACCCCCUGCACACAGCUACGUCGGCGGGAAGACAGUUCUUCCUCUCCAUCCUCCCAGCCAAGGCAGUGCCUGCAGGUCUUUCUGUCUCCAUCUUGCCAAGUUCCUGGGGCAGCAUCCUGUCUGCCACCCUGGAUGGGACAGCUCUGUUCUGAGCCUCCAUUUCUCCCCUGCAGGUUAGGGGAUGCGGCGAUGGGAAACCAUCUUCUGUGCUGUUCAAUAAAGCAGCCAUUAGCCACAUGUGGCUACUUAAAAUUAAUUAAAAAGAAAUAUAAAA